UCCCACUGUGGUGUAAGGGUGGAAAGUACAUACAGGAACCUGUCCAUCCAGGUUGAGCUGCAUGUCCCAAGGCGCCUCAACGUCCACUGCUCCUUCUCUCGACAUCUCCUCUGCCGUAGCUCCUGGCUUCUGUCCACACCCUAACUGUCCAGACCUCCGUCCGACGGAUGUUUCGAAAGCUCAGCCCUUCUUUGGCCCCAAUUGUCAUUAUCGAUAAGCCACCGUCCAAGGGUCGCAGCGCCGAGAGCUAGCUUACCUUGUCGAUUGCAUCAAGCAUCUUGAUCCUGCGCAUCUUUCUUCCGAGUAUCCGUAUCCACCCUUAAUCUACCCAGACGCGAAAGAUCAAAGAGGAACAUAUCGAAUACCGCAUACCGCAUACACAUAUUCGGAUCACACGAGCAAGAACGCGCUGCGGCAUUGGCCCGAUCUUGCGACUCCAAAGCCAUUGCGCAACCCCUACGCGCAUACGCCAUCCGUCUUCCGAGCGUUCCCGUCGAGCUUUGCUCUAGUCCGUUCCAUAGCUCCUACAUAUAUCAGACUCGUCAACACACAUUCGGUUGAUCCUACUGCCGCCCCGUCCUCACGACGACGGCUCUGCGGCGGUCGAAUAACGACCGACCCUCCCCGCCUGACAAGUGACGCGCCGCCGGGUUAGCAUUUUUCGGCGCUCACAAUGGCGGGGUUCUUCCAGAAACUUAAGGGUGCCGGCACUGCAAACUCCAAGUCUGACAGCACCACAUCGUCAAAGGGAAAGGCAAAAGAAAAGGAUGAUCCCGCGCUGGACUUGACCCCGGUGGAAAGGCUUCUCCAGAAUGCCGGAGCAAUUAGGCCAGAUGGAAGUGACAAGUUCUUUGGGUUGGAAAAUUUUGGAAACACAUGCUACUGCAACUCAAUACUACAGGCACUCUACUAUUCCGAGCCUUUUCGAGAAAAUGUCCUCAACUAUCCUUCACUCCCCCCGAACAACGGCCUCAACGGCGCACCCAAGAAGGUUAACGUGACAAUACGAGAACCGGUACAGCCUAAUCCAAAAGACCCAAAGGGUAAAGCACUCUCGGCGCAAGCAAAACAGCGCCAGGUGUUGGGAGGCGGGCAGCUUGCGCCCGGUGGCGUCACACCUGUGCGUCCCGAGGACAGGCCGGAUGCGCCCGAGUAUAAGAAGAAGCAGGCCAUGAUCAAGGGUCCAGUGCUGGAGCUUGCGCAGGAGAACCCGGAUACAUACGGCAUGCAGGAAUGCACAUUCACCGGCCUUAAGGAUAUAUUCACGGCCCUUAUCGAGAGCCAGUCUCGUACCGGUGUUUUAAGCCCCCAGCGGUUUCUGGAAAUUUUCAAGCGGGACAAUGAGAUGUUCCGAAACUCUAUGCACCAGGACGCCCACGAAUUUUAUGGCCUAAUCCUGAAUGAUGUUAUCGCCAACGUCGAGGCAAACGCUAAGCGCAUGCGGGUGGAGCAAGCAGAAGGGAGCGGCAAAGACGGCCCACUAUCUUCACCAGACACCGCAUCAGUACACAACAGCAACGCAAUCGAUUCAAGAACUCCAGCGGCCGGGUGGGUGCACGACAUAUUUGAAGGCGUUUUGACAUCCGAGACCAGAUGCUUGACCUGCGAGGCAGCCUCGCAACGAGACGAGACAUUCCUGGAUCUAUCGAUUGAUCUCGAGGAACACUCAUCAGUAACGUCAUGCCUACAGAAGUUCUCCGCUGAGGAAAUGCUGUGUGAACGUAACAAGUUCCACUGUGACCAUUGUGGUGGCUUGCAAGAGGCUGAGAAGCGGAUGAAGGUCAAGAAGUUACCAAAGGUUCUGGCAUUGCAUCUGAAAAGAUUCAAGUAUACAGAGGACUACAGCCGGUUACAGAAGCUCUUCCACCGGAUAGUAUACCCUUAUCAUAUCCGUAUGUUCAACACUACAGACGACGCCGAAGACCAGGAUCGGCUGUAUGAGUUAUACGCGGUUGUUAUCCACAUCGGCGGUAAUGCUUAUCACGGUCACUAUGUGUCGGUUAUCAAAACCAAGGAUCGGGGUUGGCUUCUGUUUGAUGACGAAAUGGUUGAACCGGUGGACAAGCACUUUGUCAAGAACUUUUUCGGCGACAAACCAGGAAUGGCAUGUGCCUAUGUAUUGUUUUACCAAGAGACCACGUGGGAGAAGGUACGGGAAGAGAUGGAUGCCGAAGGGUUGGAUCAAGUGCGGGAAGCAAGUGAAGCGGCAGAUCUCGCAGCAACCACAGUGACGGCCGAACAGACCAACGGCACACACCCGCCACCACUGACGAGACUGAGCACCCAACCGUUACCAACUCUGGAGGAAAACGAGACGCUGGCCACGUUGGAGCAGACAAAGUCGGCACCGCUCGACAGUAUAAGCCCAGUGUCUGUACUGGCCUCGCCAGUAAAACAACCAGCCGGACCAGAAGGCUAUAGCCACCCCUUAGUCGCCGCCCCACCACCGGGAUCAGCAGUCAUGACCAAAGCCGACGAGGCAGCAACCGUACCGGCCAAGUCCAAGGAGGAAAUCAAAAAGGAGCAAAAGAUGCAAGAAAAGGCUGAGAAGGCCCGGAAAGCAGCUGAAAAAGCAGCCGAAAAGGAGGCAGCUAAACUCGCCGCCAAAGAGAGACUGUUCGACAAAUCCCGCGAUUCUACAACAGAAGACGAGGAAGAAAAGCGCCGGAAGAAGGACGCCACAACAACCGGGUCUGACUCAUUUGCUGCUGUGGACAGCCCCUCUGUUGAGAAAGACAGCAACAACAAGUUCACCCCAACGGGGUUCUUUAACCGGGCAGGUCGGAACAGCAAGACGAUGACACGGAAGAGUCUUGCGUUUCUCAAGACUGGGGACAAGGACAAGGAGAAGGACAAGAACAAUGCCGAUAAAGCGGAUAGGAGUGACAGGAGCGACAAGACGGAGAGCAGGGCUAGUACUGCUGCUGGGGAGUCGUCGAGUAAUGGUGGCCAUGAUGCUGUGCUGCCUCCUGUACCGGCUUUGCCUUAUCUGAAUGGUGUUAGGAGCAAUGGGACUGCGGGACAAAACGGGCAUUCUUCCUCUUCUUCUCCUGGGGUUGGGCCCUCACGGUCGGACACGGCGCCACCCGAGUUGUUUGGGGGGAGUCCCACGAAGGACAGGGACGGUCACAAACCGGCUUUGAUGGAGAGGUUUACGUUUGGGUUGGGGAAGAAGAAGAGCGGGAAGUUUUUGGGGUUGUCUUAG